UUUUUCACCGAAUAGUGAUGUAAUGUAUCAUUUCUUGGACUGAAACCGAAAACGUAAUAGAGUACAUUACCAUUAAUUUGAUUGAAGUUACAAUACUCUGCAGGUUUGCUAUUUAAUUUUUUUGCGAAUUCUGGAGCACUAAAAUGGCCGCAACGCCUAAACUAAAAUAGCUAGCAAAAAAAGGCAUGAGGCAAAGUUGAUCAGAAUGUUAUUAUCUACAAGUUUUGUAAAGGUCAUUUUGUCGAAAAAAAAAUAAAUAAGAAAAAGGCCAAUAGGGCCGAACGCUCAAGGCUUUCGAGUGUGAUUUUUUGGCUCAAUACUCAAGACACCAGUCUUCAAUCAGCCCUGAAAAAAUCAGCUUGCCCUCGCAAAAUUUUCUGUAAAACCCAUAAAUUUCUUGGCCUAAUUGAAAAAUACCAAUUAUCCUUGACUUACCUCUACAGUUUUUUGUCUUCCACCUGUGAAUCUAUAAUAAAGGCCAAUACUGGAUGAUGUUAAGAGUACCAGUAUUACAACAACAUAGUCCCACACGCCAAAUUCUGCUUGCACCUUCAUUUUGUCUUAAGAUAAUGCGUUAGUGAGCAUCUAUACAAAUCACUAAAAAAAAUAUUUAAUGCUUAGAUUAUGAACUAACAACUGGUCAGCAAGAAAAGUCGCAUUGGACUAUUAUACCAUUCUAAAUGAUUGUUUUUAUUGUGUUGCGAGGCCAAUAAAUUAAUUUUUUUCUGUUUGCACUUUAUUAUUGAAUUGGUUGAUGGCUCGUGUGUGUCAUAAUAAUUUGUGUGGUAAUCGAUAUGGCGCUUGAAAAAACAAUGAUUUAGAAUAAACUAUUGUGAAUUAAUACAUGCGAGCGUAGCUGAGGAUUUUGUUUGCGAUGGAAAAUCCAAUGAUUAUUGUAAUAGUUUCCUGUUAUUAUUUCAAAGGUUCCUGAAUUUUUUCAAAAAAUGAACAUAGAAAUUCAAGAUACAAGAAAUACAACAAAUUCAAUUGAAAAAUAUGAACUGAAAGUGUAAAAAUUAAUAAUUUUUCUUUUAUAUUUCUUUAUGUUUAGCAUGCCAAACCUUUUAAAUUCCUCACUAGAUAGAAAUAUUAUUGUCGACGCCGUCAAAGUGUGACUUUUUAUCGUUUCAAUAAGGUCAUAUACUGCUAACUGCUAAAUACAAAUUUUUUUUCAUGAGAAACAAUAAAUUAUUUAAAUAUUUUAGCAGGUUAUCAUGUUAUUUAAUACUACUUACCGCUAUGUCAUUAAGUAAUAAAUUUGGAUAAGGAUUUAUUAUAAUUUUGAGUUGAUCAAUUGCCAAUUAUUGAUAUGUAUUUGAAAUGGUAUUAUGGUGAAGCCAAAUACAAAUACCAAUAAGUGAAUGAAUAAUAAUAAUUAUCUCACAUACUGAUAUUAUAUCUACGUCACUGUGAACUAUGUGAUCAUUGAUUUUAUCCUCAUUUUAUAAACUUCAAUGCCAUCUAUUUCUAAAACUUAUACAUGUAAUAGAUUAUUGGAAUGUAAAGCACUAAUCACCUUAGAAUAUUUGUUUCAAAUAAAAAAAUCACAGUACAAUAAUUAAAAGAUAAUGAUUUAAAAUAAGCAAUAAAGUUGCUCAAUCCUCUGAUUCCUCCAUCUAUUCGCAGCCUACCGAAUCAAAUACUUGAAGUAAGAAAUAAAUGUAUAAGUUUCCUUUACAAAUUCGUAGGCCUUGGGAUUGGGAGGAGUGGUCACACGCUAGGCAGAAGGUAUUUUGGUUUUGGUUUGCGCAUUUUAUUUAUUUAUUUAUCUUCCACAAAAUCUUCAUAGAUUUUUUUUUUGUUUUUAUCAAAGUUCCGCGUCAGAUAAUUUCAAAUAAUUACACAACCACUACACACUUUUACAAUCUAAAAAUUCCUCCAUAUACAAAUAUGUCUAUUGCCUAAUAUUUAAAUUCUCUUUUUAUAACGGGAAUGUAUUUGUGUUGUAUUCAAAGCUAAUUAAUUAUUAAAACUGUGAUGAUGGAAUUGUGUGAUUCAUAAUAAAAUUUACAUGAAUUUGUAGCAUUUUAUAAAGUUGUGUUGUGAAUUCUACAAUUAAACUAGAAUGGCAUUUCCAAACAACCCAAAUGAUCUAAGUCCAACAAUAUCCCUACCCAGAACCAGUAUAGGAUCCGAUGCAGAUUAUGAUGACGAAUUAGGUAUACCGGAAUCCAUCAAAAUUGUAGACAUUGGAGACGGUCCAGUUGCUAUUGAGAAUUCUGAUGCAGAAUUAGAAGAUGAAACCAAUGAAGGAGGCAUUCCAUUCAACAAACUGCAUAAUUAUUUCAAAUUCAAUUCUGUAAAUCGAAAUUGCUUUGUCCCAUCGGAAGAUAUUGUAAUCACUUUAACUGAUUAUGAAAGGGAAUUGACCACUCACAUGAUAAAUCCGAAUUUGUAUACAAUUUCUGUAGCGCAUGCAGGCUUUGAAUGGAUAAUAAAAAGAAGAUACAAAGAUGUGCAAAGUAUGCACCAAGAAUUAGUGAUGUUUAGGACUGGUUUAAAUAUACCUUUGCCUAGUAAAACCCACAAGAACAAACGAAAAACUUUCAAGGAAAUCGUGCCAAAAAAUCAAAAAGGAAAACGAAAAGCUGCUCUUCCAAGAUUUCCAAACAAACCAGAAAUUUUAGUAGCUUACGAAAAAAUUCCAAACAGGAUGAAACAGCUCCAAGACUAUUUAAAUAAUUUAGUUUCGAUUCCAAUUUAUAAAAACCAUCAAGCAACACUAAACUUUUUGGAAGUGAGCCAUCUAUCAUUCAUAAAGGAGUUGGGUUUUAAAGGAAAAGAAGGCAUAGUGAAGAAAAAAUCUGGAAGCACUCAUCCAGGACUAUCUGGUUGUAACUUUUUUGGUUGCUACAGAUCUUUAUGUUGUCUUGGUUGUCAACGCAUCUGUAAAGCCUGUUUAUGCUCUCGCUGGCUAAAAAGAUGGCUUUUCUUAAAAGAUACAUGUUUCGGUUAUAUAAAUCCUGAUACAGGCCAUAUUAAAUGUGUUAUAUUAUUUGAUCAAGGUUUUGAAGUUGCUUCUGGAAUGUAUAACAUGCCUUUGAACACUGGUUGGCAAGUGCAGUCACUUAGCAGAUCUUUGGUGUUUAAAUGUAAUACUAAAAGAAAAAACCGAGAGUGGAUUGAUGCUUUGAGACAAACAUCUGCUAGUACUGCUAAAUUAUUUGUUCAACCAAAUCCUCACCAUUCGUUUGCUCCUGUAAGGAACUCUACCACAGCUUCUUGGUUUGUGGACGGUGCCAGCUAUAUGGCUUCAGUAGCUGAUGCGAUUGAAAAUGCCAAAGAGGAAAUUUUCAUUACUGACUGGUGGCUGAGUCCUGAGAUUUACUUAAAACGACCUGCCAUCGUUGGGGAUUAUUGGAGGCUGGAUAAAUUAUUGCAAAGAAAAGCGGAAGCUGGGGUUUUAGUCUAUGUGCUUCUGUACAAAGAAGUAGAACUGGCUUUAGGUUUGAACAGUUUUUACAGCAAGCAAAAGUUGCAAGAUAUGCAUAAAAACAUUAAAGUUUUGCGACAUCCAGAUCAUGCCAAGGCUGGCGUGUUUCUAUGGGCUCAUCACGAAAAAAUCGUGGUUGUAGAUCAAACUUGUGCUUUUGUUGGUGGCAUUGAUUUGUGCUAUGGUAGAUGGGAUGAUGAUAAGCACAGACUAACAGAUUUGGGUAGCAUCACUCCAUCCAUAGACGUAUCCACCCUGAAAAAAAAAUCUUCAGACAGACCUUCAGGUGAUAUCAUUUAUCCAAUACCAGAGCCAUAUUACAAAAGAACCCCUAAACCAGCAGUAUGUCCUGCAAAUGAAGAUACGUGCCCCAAACCUGAUGUACUGCCUCAACUAGAACCUGGGGAUCACCUAUUAAUGCCACACAACCCAAAAAGCCCUGUAAAACCCAACACUCCAGAAUCAGAAAGGAAAAACAUGUUUGUAGAUUUGACUCAUAUGGUUAAAUCUAAAGGUAAAGAGUUGAUAAAUUUAGUUUACACACCCACAGAAGAUGAACUGGAAAUUAAACCGCAAACUCCCGAGCAUGAAUUGGAUGAAAUUGACAACAAAAUGCAAACUCCUGAAGAAUUUAUUGAGAACCUUGAUGGAUCAGCAAAGUUGUGGGUUGGCAAAGAUUAUGUGAAUUUUAUUGUGAAGGAUUUUACAAAUUUGGAAUCGCCCUUUGAUGAUUUUAUAGAAAGGGUCACUACUCCAAGAAUGCCCUGGCACGAUGUAUCAAUGUGCGUCAUAGGAGAAGCUGCCAGGGACGUGGCCAGGCAUUUUAUUCAAAGAUGGAACGCUACUAAAUUGGAAAAAGCUAAAAACAAUAUCGUCUAUCCUUAUUUGGUACCUAAAGCUUAUGAUGAGUUCAAAAGCAUGCCUAUAAAUUUUCCCAAUGGCACUAAGAAAGUUACUUGCCAGGUUCUCCGCAGUAUAAGUACUUGGUCAGGUGGUUUUCUGGAUUCUGAUUAUGUCGAACAAAGCAUCCACGAAGCCUAUAUAGACACCAUUACACGUGCCCAACAUUACAUUUACAUAGAAAAUCAAUUUUUUAUUACUCUACCUUUUCAUAAUCCUAAUACCAGGAACCAAAUUGGGGAAGCUUUGUACAAACGAAUUAUAAGAGCACACAAAGAAAAAGCCACAUUUCGAGUCUAUGUUGUAAUGCCUUUGUUACCAGCCUUUGAAGGAGAAGUAGGUGGAGCCACAGGUACUUCUUUACAUGCAAUAACUCAUUGGAAUUAUGCGUCAAUUUCUAGGGGUAAAGAUGCAAUUUUAAAUCGGCUCAAAGAUGCUGGCAUAGAAGAUCCGUCUGAUUAUAUAUCUUUCUACGGCCUCAGAAAUCAUUCCAGAUUAAAUUCUGAGCCUAUUACCGAGCUGGUCUAUGUUCAUUCAAAAUUAAUGAUAGUCGAUGAUAAAACUGUGAUUUGCGGUUCAGCAAAUAUAAACGAUAGAUCGAUGAUUGGAAAGAGGGAUUCAGAAGUGGCUGUUAUUUUAGAAGAUGAAACAUUUGAUGAUGGUAUUAUGAACGGCCAAGCUUAUCCUUGUGGUAAAUUCGCUGGUAAUUUGAGAAAGUAUCUGUUCAAAGAGCACAUGGGGCUUUUAGAAGAAAAUUGUGAGACGGCUGAAUUUGAUGUAGCAGACCCAACAAGUGAUUAUUUUUACAGAGAAGGCUGGCAUAAAACUGCCAGUUUAAAUACUGAAUUUUACGAAAAAGUAUUUCAUUGCUUGCCAACUGAUAGUAUAGAAACUUUUGCUGAUAUUAAGAGAAAUAACGAAAUUAAGCCGUUGUGGGUGGAACAAUUUUCUAGAGCUGAGAAAAUGUUGGAAAGUAUUCAGGGCCACUUGGUACUAUUGCCACUCAACUUCUUGAGUAAAGAAAUUUUAACUCCCAACGCUACUUCCAUGGAAGGAAUAAUGCCUACCUCACUAUGGACUUAAAAAUCUUUGCCUUACAUAAGGGUAUUUUUAUAGCAGUAUUUUUUUUAUAACCGUUUAUGUACAAAAUACUUCAAGUUUUUAUUUAUUUUAAGCCUAAAAUUACUAAACCUUCUGUUACAAUUUUUAUAAAAGUUUUUUUGCACAUUCCUUAUAUUAUUUUUGCACCACCUGUAUAGAGCUUUAUUUCAUAUUUUAUUCUACCUCAAAAUAAUGCAUUUUCAAGACUAAAAACUUUGAUUUAUAUUGAUAUUGUGUAAAUGUUUAUUUAUAAUUGUUAUUAUUGUUUGUAACGCUAAAAUUUAUGGAAAGUUUCUUAGAUCAAAACAUUUUUAUGGUAGAGAAUUUAAAAUUUUAACUGUUAAAACUUAUUGGUAAUUCAUAUUUAUAUUGAAAAAACAAUGUUCUUGUUUUUGUUAGUUGAAUUUUUACAAAUUCAAUGUAGGUACGUGUUUAUUGUUAAGUUAUUUUGUGCUGAGAAAUAAAGUUUUCUGAUAUUUUUAGAA